AUGGCGUCUCUUCAGCCCGCGUCGCCGUCCCCGGACCGGAGCCUGCCAGAUGCGCCGCCAGUCACCCUCCAGACUACAUACAAAUCUUUCAAGAGAAAGUACGCGAAGCAAAAGAUUGGUUUUGAACUGGCGAUGAAGACAAGCAAUGCGCUCUUCAAAGAGGAACUAAGGAUUCGUGACCUCUCGAAGCGACUCAAGGAACAGAAUGAUCAGCUCCUGGAAGCUCUGCUAGAGCUCAAUAGCAGUAUCCGCGUGCCCCCAGAACUCCGAUACAACCUCGAUCUCCCCGGCUCCAAACUUCCCAAACUACACUCUCCAGAACCAGAGCACAAUCCCCAAGAACCCUGUGGUGUGGAGACGGUUCGUGAGGCACUGCGGGUUGCUAGAGAGAGGCUCCUGGCAGGGGAACUCAAGCCAGAACAAUGCCGUCGCCUCGAACAGUCUCUCAUUCAGCGCGAGGAGUUCGCACCCGCGGUGCAGUACGCCUCACUCCUGAAGGUGCCACAUACCAGAUCGAGCGUUAAUGGAGAUCACCCUGCCACGGAACACGAUAUGGGUUCAGCCCUGGGAUUUCUAAACCCGGAGCAUGAAAAUGAAUACUGCGCCGCUCUCGAUGCAGCUGCCGCGGGAGAACCGAAGCCGUCAGCGGAAGCGGGGAAAGCAUCAUCUCUGGCAGCUGCAAGCAAGGACAGGGAGAUAGCUAUCCGGAACCCGGUGUCCGUGAUAAAUUGGUUGAGGAAACAUCAACCGCAAGUUUUUCUUCACGAUGCUGAUGGCGUGACUGAGAAGCCCCCUCCCCGUUCUAACAAUCCGCGUAGUUCGAAGCGAGCGAGUACCCAUGCGCGAAAGGAGGAGGAUGUAUAUGAUGAAGAUGGGAUACUGAUUGAUGUGCAGGUUGGCGGUGGAGGAGGAGGUGCUGGUGGCGGCGGAGGAGGAAGUCGAGGAAAGAGAAAACGAGACGAGGAUGGAGGCUAUCGACCUAAAGGCGGCAGUGGUGGCCGCUCGAGGAAGAAAAAGGAAGAUGCCCCAAAGCGUGCAAAGAGGACUUCAGCCGCUGGAAACGGGACGUGA